GUUUCCUAGCAACAUCAAUGUUGACAUGCUGAACUGAACAUGUGAACAGGGACUGAACAUGAAGUUUUGAUUCAGAGUGAAACUACACCCCAAUUAUACAAAAUGUCUAAGGACGAGGAUGACAUCGAGCUACCUAUCGAAUCUUUGGAAGACUUCAUUAAACGUCAGAAACUGGUUGACUGGCCUCUGACAUUGACAGAAUAUGUGCAGAGCCCAACAUUGUCCAUGUACAAUUCUGCUGAGGAAAUAGAAGAGUAUUUGAGAGCCAAAGUGCCCUUUCCUGUGGACAUAGCCACAUAUGUUUCUACCUCUAUAGAUGAACUGGAUGGCAGAGUGACAAAAAUUAAUUCAAUUUUCUCAAAAUCAGCCAGUCAUACAAAAAGAGGAAGUAUGGCAGAUACUGAAGUUGCUGAAGACCCUUUUAAAGAAAUAAUUGAAAAAGUGCAGAAACAAUUAAAGGAAGAGGUCGAAGCAGUGCCCUUUUUCCCAGAUGUCAUGGAGUUUGAAUAUCCUGGAUUGUCAGCUUUACACGACACUGAAAUUCCUGGAAUGCCGAGUGUUUCUCUGCAUUUGGAACGAAUAUCAGAUACCCAAGGCUUUAAUCCAGGCUUCUUGAAAAUCUGGAAACCAUUCUUCCUCUCGGAGUGUUCCAUCACUGUCUUCAAGGACAUGUUUUGGUGGUUUUUCCUUCAUAGUUUUAAGCCCAAUGUAGAGGAUGAGAGUGCCUUGUUUGACUGUAUGGCCACUGGAUUUGUCUCACUUCUAUUGAUGGUUGACAACAAUCUGAAGGACAAAUUAUUCAAGGUGUAUGCAGACUGCAUAGCUCAGGCUAUCUAUUCUGCUUUCUGCGAAGCGUUUCCACCGUCGCUGGAGCGUCUCGGUGAUGACUUCAAAACAGUGUUGACCGAGACGACCUCCCUAUGGGUGUCAGGUGUGAAGCCCAAGAUUUUAUCAUGGAAAAACUGGAAGCUUAGCUGGCUGACUGCAGAAAAGGAUACCAAGACUGCUAAAAAGAAGACUUCAAUCUGUGACUUCCAUGCAGACAUGAGGGAGCAGAUGUCAUCUCUCCUGAGGCCGACGCAGACGCCCACGUCUUCAGUGGACAGGAGGAGCUGUGGGGAAGUCAGCUUGGGCGCCAUCCGAAGGCACCAAGAGUCGCACUACAUUGGGCCCGGGCCUCAGUUUGACCACAUCUACUUCAUGCCGUGGGGCCAGAGCCCGCUUGUGGCACGCUAUCUCCAGAUCCACGCCAUCCCCUCCGUCGCCGGCGCCAGCUCACGCAAGGUCAAGCGCACAGAAAUUGCCACAGUGCCUCCAUCGAAACCUACGUACCAGGAGGUGUUGCAUGAGACUCAGGGAAAGAUCGAUAAGAUGCGCCAGAACUACAAGCAGUUCAUUCAGACGUCUGAUUGGGAAGUGUCGCUGUUGCACCGAACAAAGCUGAAGAACAUAGCUGAACUGCGGGGGCUGCGGAAACAGCUGAUGGGCAGUCGUGCUGAAACCAAAAUCUUUAGUGAGGGCAUUGUGAGCAGAUGGGCGUACAAUGCAGAGAUGGCAAAGCAGAAGCGAAGGCUGCAGUCCAGCCUGAAAAAGGAGGGUGAUUCUUCAGACAAGAACAGGAAUGCGGAGGAGGGCGGGAACGCCCACGAGGGUCCCAAACUCCAAGAGAAUCCCAGUGAGCACAAUAAGGAACAGCAUCAUGCCUGACUCUGAGUGACUGACUGGUACACAGCGUACAUUCAUUUGCCACACAGCACUGCCAAGGCUUCAGGGCCCUUACUCAGUGAAAAAAAUAAAACACACACACAAAAAAAAUCAUUGUGCGUGAGAGAAAAGAAUGCAAAAUUGAAAGGCCCCUCCAAGUGUCAUGACAUUUUUUGAAAUUUCGAU